GAGAGAGAGAGAGAGAGAGAGAGAGAGAGAGAGAGAGAGAUGGGAUUGGGGAGGGAGGAGGCACCCGGUUCACGGGACCCGGGGUCCAGUGGGCAGUCGGGUCGGAGCAGCAGAGAAGGGUCCAUACCACGAAGGUUCCCACUGGCGGCACAGCCGGAGAUAAUGAGAGCCGCGGAGAAGGACGACCAGUACGCCUCCUUCGUCUACGAGGCCUGUCGCGACGCUUUUCGCCACCUCUUUGGUACAAGGGUUGCUGUAGCUUAUCAGAGCGAGCAGACAAAACUAUUAGGGCAGAUGCUGUAUUUUAUAUUAACAACUGGUUCAGGCCAGCAAACACUGGGAGAGGAAUACUGUGACAUCACUCAGGUUUCAGGACCUUAUGGACUUCCUCCAACCCCAGCAAGACGUGCUCUCUUCAUUUUAUACCAGACAGCAGUUCCUUAUAUUGCAGAACGAAUUAGUUCCAGAGCUGCUUCCCAUGGAAUUGUUCUUGCUGAUUCACAGUCUGAUGAUGCCUACAAUGACAAUGCUCCAGGAAGUGGCCAUGUUCAAUCUUUGGUAGAGACGCAUCUUUCAUCCUCUACAUCACGAGGGUCCAUUUCUUUUGUGAGAAGGUUGAAAGAGAAUCUCAAUAGAUUAUGGUUGUUUGCAGUUCAAAGAUGGCCUACGGUGCUCCCUAUAGCUCGGGAAUUUUUGCAAUUGGUUCUUCGUGCUAACCUCAUGUUCUUCUACUUUGAAGGCCUCUAUUAUCAUAUAUCAAAACGUGCAGCAGGCAUUCGUUAUGUGUUCAUUGGAAAACCAUCAAAUCAAAGGCCAAGAUACCAAUUACUAGGAGUAUUUCUACUGAUUCAGCUCUGUAUCAUUGCUGCUGAAGGAUUGCGGCGUAGCAAUUUAUCAUCUAUUGCAAGUUCAGUGCACCAGACAUCCUUUGGGACCCAUCGAGGUUCAACAGUGCAAGGUUUGCCUGUUUUAAAUGAGGAAGGCAACUUGAUAUCUGCAGAUAAUAACAAAGGAAGUUGGGUAUCGGAUUCUUCUUCAACGUCUGAGUCCCAAGCAAUGACUGGCGGGACUAGCAAAUGCACACUCUGCCUGAGUAAUCGCCAAUACCCAACGGCCACGGCUUGUGGUCACGUAUUCUGCUGGAACUGCAUCAUGGAAUGGUGCAAUGAGAAGCCUGAAUGCCCUCUUUGUCGGACCCCCAUAACUCAUUCAAGCCUAGUUUGCUUAUAUCAUUCGGACUUCUAGGAUUUGAUUAUAUUGGAUUGCAGUCUGUUUGAUAUAUAUGCAGAGAAAGAAAAGGAACGAAUUGCAAUUAAACAAGUCAAUGCACGGCUUUCUCAAAUGUCUCAAAUGCCUGAAAUCUGCGUUGUUGAGACUGGGUUGGAAGGCCAAGCGGCUCUAGAUCAAGGUCUCUAGACUUCACUGCUUGAUAAGAGUUUGCUUCACUAGCUCAGAUAAAUUAAGAUGGUGAUGGACAGAGCUCUCCACAAUGGGUGUCGAAAUGCACGUAGAGGUUGAAUUCUUUUCAUUAGAUGUAAAAUUUCGGGGCGGAAAAGCCCACAUUUUGUGUGUUUUUUUUUUUUUAAUAAAUGAAAAUAAAACAUGACUAAAAUCUCAACAAAGUGUAGUUUGUUAAGAAAGACGCGACUUAUUUUUUCAUACAAAUUAUAUUCUUAAUGAAAAAUAGCAUUUUAGCUCGCUA